AGAAAGAUAGAACUUUUACAUAAAUAGCAUAAUCUAAAUCAAACUCAAAUGUAUAUGUAACAAAAAGGAAAGAAAAAAAACACACAUCUCUUAAACAAUCAUUUCAUCUGACAUUUCUUUUUUCUUUCUUGAAAGAAAUAUCUAAUAAAAUGUUUAGAUGAAAUCAAACGGGUAUUUUGUUGGUGGAGAAAUGAUUGGGAGUUGGAAUUGUUUGUCAUAAUGGGAAGGAUGAUAUAACAUAGCCAGAGCCAUAGCCAACAGAGACGGAGGAAGAAAAUAAAAGGGAAAAAAAAUGGAUAAUCUCACCUGUCAGGUUCAAAGGUUUGGCGUACAGUUCUGAUGGGGGAAAUUGAAUGGAAGUAGACUUGGUCAACUUGUGAGCCACCCAUUUUGUUUUUGUAGGACACAAUAUUCUCGUAGCCUUUCCUCCUAUUCUUAGAGUCCUUGCCCUUCUCUCUCUGUUUCCUCUGUUUCCUUCUUUCUUCAAUGCCAUCAAAAUUCCAUCACACCUUCAACCAUUCCCUAGCCCCAUCGCACCACCACCAACAACGACCUCCCCUUCUCAAUUCCAACGCCACCGCCGUCUGAAAGGGCGCGCCUGCUGCUGCUGCUGCUGGCGCCCUCGCGUGUUCAUAUGAUCGAAAAUAUGGCACGCCCAUGUCCGCCGCCGGGCACCAUCACCAUCACCAUCACCACCAUCAUUCUACUUUUAGUUUCUUUGGAACCCACAAUUGGCGCUCCCGACGACGAGGCGCUUCUCAAAUUCAAAGGUUCUUUGGAAAUUGGCAAUGAUGCGUUGGCCAGUUGGGCCGCCGGCUCCCCCCCUUGCUCCGGCGACAAGGGGAAUUGGGUCGGUAUUCUUUGCGAGAAGGGAAACGUUUGGGGAUUGAAGCUUGAAAAUAUGGGGCUCAAGGGCACUGUUGACAUCGAGUCGCUAGAGGGGGCGCCCCAAUUGAGGACCAUCAGCCUUAUGGGCAAUGAUUUUGAGGGCCCUCUCCCGGAUGUCAAGAGACUUGGGGCUUUGAAGUCUCUGUAUCUCUCACGAAACCGUUUCUCCGGGGAGAUUCCCGGGGAUAAAUUCUCCAGUAUGCUGUCUUUGAAGAAGGUGCAUUUGGCUCAGAACCAGCUUGAGGGUCAGAUUCCAUGGUCCCUCGUGGAACUCCCUCGCCUCAUGGAGUUGAGGCUUGAAGGAAACAAGUUUUCAGGACAAAUUCCUAAUUUUCACCAGAAGGGAUUGAAGUCCUUUAAUAUCUCCAACAACAAUCAACUUCAUGGCCCGAUCCCAUCAGCCCUCGCCCAGAUCGAUCCAACCUCCUUUUCAGGUCUGUUUUCUUUUCUUUUCUUUUGGGUUCUUGUUCUGUUUUUUAAUUUUGUAAUGUGUUCUAAGAAGCAAGCAAAUUGUGGCCUCCUACGAGCAGGGGAUGAUGGUUUAUGUGGACCACCACUUAAUAAAUCAUGCAACACUCAGAAGAUGCCAUCAAUUGCAAGCAUCGUCAUGGUUUCAAUAGCUGUGACCGCGGCUCUCCUUGCCAUUGGUGCCGGAAUAGUCAUCCUCAGCCGUAGGAACCAAUCAUCUCCCUCCAUAGAGGAUCCAGCGCAGAACAAGUCUCCAGGUGCCAAUGACAUGGAUCCAGCAGUCGGGUCAAGAUCACCGGACCGCGGUUCCAGCCACGGAAGCUUGGGUAAACGGGCCGGCGACAACGCUAAAUUGUCAUUUGUAAGAGAGGAUUCAGAGAGGUUUGAUAUGUCAGACUUGCUUAAAGCCUCUGCAGAAAUCCUAGGAAGUGGGUGCUUCGGUUCUUCUUAUAAAGCAGCCUUGACCAACGGGCCUGUCAUGGUUGUGAAGAGGUUUAAGCAAAUGAACAAUGUGGAUAAAGAGGAAUUCCAAGAACAUAUGAGAAGAAUUGGAAGGUUAAAACACCCAAAUUUGCUUCCUAUCGUUGCUUACUACUACAAAAAGGAAGAAAAACUUCUCAUUACAGACUAUAUUGAGAAGGGUAGCUUGGCUGUUCAUCUUCAUGGGCACCAAGCAGUGGGUCAACCAGCCCUCGAUUGGCCUGCACGAUUGAAGAUCGUGAAAGGGGUUGCAAAGGGUCUUCGGUAUCUGUACACAGAGCUUCCAAGUCUGAUUUCUGCUCACGGGCAUCUCAAAUCCUCAAAUGUGCUUCUCAAGGCUUCGAACGAGCCGGUUCUUUCGGACUACGGCCUCAUCCCUGUGGUGAACCAAGAACACGCCCAAGAACUAAUGGUGGCCUACAAAUCCCCAGAAUACUCUCAGCAGGGCCGAAUCACAAAGAAGACAGACGUGUGGAGCUUCGGGCUGUUGAUCUUAGAGAUUCUCACAGGGAAAUUCCCGGCCAACUUUUUGCACCAAGGCAAGGGAGGGGAUGAGGAAGAUCUGGCCACUUGGGUAAAAGCCAUUCCCGAAAAAGAUUGGAGCACCCAAGUCUUCGAUAAGGACAUGGGGCCGACGAAGAACUGCGAGGCGGAGAUGCUGAAGCUUCUGCGGAUCGCCAUGACAUGUUGCGAGAGCGAUUUCGAGAAGAGGCUGGAUUUGCGAGAGGCUGUGGACAAAAUCGAGGAGUUGAAAGAAAAAGACGGGGAUGAAGAUUUCUACUCCUCGUACGCCAGCGAGGCUGACAUUAGGUCUUCGAGAGGACUAUCUGACGAACUCAAUUUCACCCUGUGAGUUGGAAAAUCAGAGCUCUAUCGAUAAAGCACCUGUGAGACCUCCAUAAAAAUUGCUUGAAAAUUCUAAUUCUAGCUCAAGGAUGAUCAGAGGUUGAAGAUGAAGAUGUGGAGAAGGGGGCUUUUCUUCAAAGACGAGGAGGACUAGUGUAUAGGUUUCGAUUGAGGGUAGAAUGGGAAAUUAAAAAAGUGUGUUUGCUUUUGCAAGAACAAUGCUUAGGAAGUUGGAUACAUGAUAAAAUUCUCUUAAUUGGGUGGAAAAUGGAAAAAAA